AUGGACCUAACCACCAGCGGUGUGGCCCGAUCCAGCGAAAGCUUAAAUUUCCUCGAUUUGCCCGACUGUAUGAUUGAGCAAGUGUUGGAGAAUUUGACUUACGAUGAAAUAGCCAAGAGUCGAAUAAUAUGCAUGAAAAUAAAUAUCAUCUGCCAGUCGUUGCUGAACAGGGGGUUUGUCAAGAUAAUCCGGCGGCACAACGCAAACUUCAAGGCCAUCAAAUCUCAGCUACCUCGGCGUGAAUCGGAGCGGCGGAACCAUCCCCUGGCAAAGCAUGCCGACAUACUGACAUGCAUCGAAACACGUAUCUCCAUGCUCUCCAUGACCUACUCUAAGUACAUCGAAAAGGAGGUGUGUUGUUUUAUCCCGGGCAAGGUGAUAGAUGAGGUAAUGCAAAUUCUCUUUCUGGUCGAGAACAUUUCGUUUCCUCUUCGGGCGCAUGAUGUGCUACAAGAGUUGCGUGACAUAUCUUCCAUGGCAAUCGAGCACUUUGAUGAACACAUCGUUGACGGGCUGAAGAGGUUGAUUGGUGAGCAUAUAUGUCCCAAGAACGCAUUCGGCCAUCCAGAUCUAUCAUCCUUCAACUUCGAUAGUAAUAUUGAAACGCCAAUCCCUUCUACGCCACCUGCGGAGCCGUUAUUCGAUUCCAAUCUUUCGAUGCCGAACAUUAUUCGGCAAGGAAAUUGUUCGUUUUACAGCGCCAUUUCAAUGUUAUCAAACAGACUGCCGCAGAAUCCUUUUACUUUGAGUACGUGCAACCAGAGUUCGAAGAACCACAGCCCGUACAUCCCGAACUCGUAUAACCAAGCUUCGAAUAGCCAGAGCACGUAUAACCCAGGCACGCUCGGCCAGAGCUCGUUCAAUUCAGGUUCGCUCGGCCAAAGUUCAUUCAGUGCAGGAACGCUUAACCAGAACACGUUUAUGCAGUGUUCGCACAGCCAGAGCCCAAUCAACCAUGUUCUGAACAGUCAUAGCUCGUGCACUGCGAGUUCAAACAGCCGCAGUUGGUUGAAUCAGAAUGGAUGCCAUAUAAGCUGUAGCAAUCCGAGUACAUUGAUUCAGAGCUCGAACAACCAGAGCUCUUUCGGUAUGAGCUCAAAUAAACUGAGUGCUAACAAGCAGACCUCGAGCAAUCAGUGCUCAAGCACCCAAAUCUUGCCCAGCUAUAACUCUAGCAGCAUUGCAACCAAUGUGCCGAGUGGAAAGGUGUUCAAGAGCAAGUCGCGAAAAUUGCGCACCGAUAUCACUCGCAUCGAUCAAACGAUCUCCAUCUUCAAGGCGGAAUUUCGCAACAUGCGUCAGCAAUUGCUCCGACAGAGCACGGAGAUAAAGGAGUUGCGCCGUCGCCUGGACGAAUCGGAAUCGAAGAAUCUUGAGCUGCUGGCCAACAUCAACCAGCUCGGAUUGGGUGCUUCACCGGUUGGGGCUGGUUCCGGAUCGGCGUCCGUGGCCAUUACGCGGUGCUCCAUAAAGUCCCGUGCGUCCUCGGGCAUGCUGAAGCGUUUGUAUACGGAAACAGAAUCUCUGCCGAUCACAAUUGCGGUUCCUCGCUCUCCUGUCAAUGUGCCAUUGCCAGUAGAAUUGACGUUAAACGAACACGAGCAGCAAGUGGCAUCAACUAGCGAAACAGGUAUACUUAAAAAAGCAAAGUUGGACAACUAGACAAGCGACGAUAGCAGGGACGAGCUUUGACUUACUUUGUUCGUAUUACUCGAUCGUGGAAACUAAUUUGCUGGUUCACUUCCCAGCUUUUAUUUAGUCUGCAACGUGUUCCGUUUGUAGGAGCAAGCCGUUCCAUGAGCAAACCCUUUUUUAUGAAUUGAAUUUUCUAGAUUUUUUGUCUCGAAAGUACGACCCAGCUAGCUGUCUGGGACGUGGCAAUAUGUAUACUAACACUAGUUUUUAAGAAACAAAUCAUCGUAUAGGCAGCCAACUAUCCUGCACAGGUGAACGUGGAAAUUACGCACUGAGUUACACACCUCGUACAGAAAGAUGCAGCAUGUUAGAUGCAGUUACUAGCAUAAGCAACAACUAGCGUAGUAAAGAAAGAAAAUACGAUCACAACAAUGUUGUAUUGUGAAGCUAACCUUUUUUUAUAACAUUUUUUUUAGAUUAGUAUCAUCCAUAUUGAAUUAUGCAUAUUCAAAAGGCCAGAAUCGAUUGUAUUGCGUAUCGUUUUAAUGAUAACACGAAAAGCUCGCUACAAAUUUCAGAACAAGCAAUU